UUCGGUUCUUAGAAGGACGUCUCGGCGAAGCCAGAAAUAUCUUUUGCUAGAAUAAACAUUGUCUACGUCUCCACGUUACACAGCUGAAUGCCGACUACGUAUGUUGCAGCUUGGUGUUGCGCGGGUGUGGUGGCACAGGACUUCUAAAUCGACAUUCCACGGCGUAAUACGACACUUAUGCUCCUGUUAUAAAUUUUCUCUUAUUAUCAAGAUGGAGGUCCGGGUUUUGGGGGAUCAAGAUCACGAAGUUUUAGGAACAGAAUAUUGUUCGGGAUAUACGGACAGCUUCGGAAAGUGGAACACGGGAUUCUACUGUCCAAAUUUGGGAAAUGGAGAGCCAGUAUACUGCUGCGGUACUACCACUUACAAAUACUGUUGCACCAAACGAGACGAAGAGCACAGGCCAGCAGUCGACCAGACUGUUUUAUUGGGCAUUGUGUUGGGAGUCUUGUUGGCCGUGGUGCUGGUCACGCUGGUGUCCUGUUUGGUCUGUCGACGCUGCCUUCACUUCGGACGUCGUCGACCGGCGGUUAACGGAGGUCCAUUGUAUAGAAUGCACUGCAGCAGCACGGCCAGUGGUGUGGCCAACAUGUACUCCUUUUCAGGACAGAACAGUGCCGUGACGACACCGAUAGACACCAGUGAACCACAUGUACUAGUCAAUCUAGACUGUCACCAUCCCAACAUCUCCAAUCAGUUACCCGUGUUCGGCACGACGGCGGCUGACGCGUCUCAUUUGGAAAGUAUGAUGAAUAUUGUUUCAAUUAUCCAAGGUAAUCCUCACGGAGCAAGACACAUGUUUUAUCAUUCUAUUGUGCCGCAAGAACCGCCUCCACCGUACCAGAUGAAUAACCCAGUCUCUUCGGGAUAUAAUGAGCAAGAACCUUCAAAUGCUGCAUCUAUCUCUAAUCCGUCCAUUACUAGCUUUACCCAAAAUAGACUUCGCCCAGUCGCUUGUCCUCGAUCGCCAGAAGCAGUAGUUUCACUUCCCUCUUCCCAUUCGUCUACAAAUACCACUACUCAAUGUAAUUCAACAAUGACAAGGAAUACAAUAUAUUGGUCAACAAAAUUCUAAAAUGAUGUAUAAAUGGACUUAAAGGAGAAGUGCCUGAUAUAUUUAAAUUCUCAAUCAUUAACUGUUCAUAUCAUUUUUAAAUAGAAAUGUAAUUCAUAUUUCAGUAGAUCGCUAAAGAAGAAAACAAUCUGUAUUAACUGUGAUGCCGAAAAUAUCAGUGCUGUUUUAUACAAAUAAAUAAGAAAUUUCAUGCUAGUCAUAUCUCAUAAGACAGAUGAAGUCAUUACAGGUAUCUAUUUUUAGUAUAAAAUUCAUAAUUCCCUAAAAAGUGCCAAAAUUUCAGGAUUAUCAUCAAUGUUAACUACAUAAUGAGUGUUGCAAAAGCCUUUCUUCUAAAGGUAAUAACUUCUGUAGAAAUGGUGAUAUAUCUGUAUAUUAAAUGGAUCUGUUAUCAGCAGCAAAAAUGGUUUUGGACUUUAUUUUUUUGAAGGUAGCAAUUAACCAGGCAUAAAAUAAAUCUCAUUCCAAAUAUCAAUAAGUAAUCUACUUUUUAUCUUCUAAGAAUAGUUCAAUUCCAGUUUUAAGUAUUGUAAAUUGUUCUUUCUGUCUCUAGCCAACAUAAGAAUUAUGUUUUUAAACAGCAGCUGAUAUUAAUAGUGCAAAACAACAUUCCAGACUGUAUCAGUUCUGUUGUCUGUUGAAAUAGAUGUAAUACUCAUUUCUAGGCAAGUUAUAUAAAAAUAAUUCUCCUAAAAACACACUAAUCUAAUUUGAGGUUGAGUAGUCAAGUAGUUUGACAUUACCUAAUUUAGUAGACAGAUACAUAUCCAUUUCUCUAGAAGUUAUUUCAUUAAUGAAUGUUAAAAAUUCAUGAAAAGCUAAGUCAAUUAAGAUCUUAUUUAUAUAAUAUGCAUUCUUCAUCAUUAAUAAAG